UAUAACCUUCGAAUAUUAAAAAAAAAAAUUUUUGCCAAAAUAAAAAAAAUUAAGCUGCCAGAAGACCAAUUAAAAUUCCUCUCUCCCCUAUUUAGCAGUCAGUCCGCAAUUAUCCGUCCGCAGAUAUUCUUAAAAAUUUUUUGUAAAAAUUUUUUUUUAUAACAGAUUUAUAUUUUAUUUAACUCUAAUUAAUAAUAAUUUUCUUUUCUUCUUGGCUAGUAAUUUUUCAAAAAGAGAAAAAAAAAUUUUCCCUAAAAAUUUGGUUCAAGUUGAUGCAGUCAGAUAGUAACAAAAACAACAAAAAAUGGGUUCUAGUUUGUGCAAAGGAGAAAAAGUUUAUGAUGAACAAAUGGACAAAGUAAAUCGCCAGAUAGAAAUAGAAUUGCAAAGGGAAAAAUUGGAGGAACGCAAAAUUGUAAAAAUACUUUUGUUGGGAAGUGGGGAUUCUGGAAAAUCUACAAUUGUAAAACAAAUGAGGUGGGGAAUUGUAAUAAAAUGUGUUUUGUGUUUUCCGGAAUAA